CAGGAAACAGUAGCAGCAGUCGAUGGCAGUUCUCCAGUCCUCAAGCAGCACAGCAAGCAGCUCAUCUCUUAGGAACCACAGUUGAAGAACUGGCUCGUAUAUUGUUCGGGCAAAGUUCAGGUGGAAUGGGCACACCCUCUACCCCUCGUGCUCCCUUCCGCACUCCUUCACCUACUGAAAGAGGACUUGACAGGGAUGUCACAGGACUGGAGGCUCUGGAAGGAAUGGUUGUUGGUCUUUAUGGAGAAGUUUUAAAUGCUGUGGCAGCACUGGUUAAUAGGUCUAUCUCCACACCGAUCCAUACUGUGUCAUCACUUGUGGUAGUGGACUCCCCAGGUUUCCAGAACCCUGCAUCCUGUGGCCAGCAGGGCGGUGCAACUUUUGAAGAUCUAUGCCACAACUACCUACAAGAACGCCUGCAACUGCUUUUCCAUCACACAACUCUUGUUGCUCCAAGGGACAGAUAUGCACAG